AUGUAUAUAAACUAAACCAAAUGUAAAUGUAAAGCCAAAAUGUAAAUGUAAACCAACAUUUACAAGUUUGACUAUAAACACGAUUUCUAUUCAGCGAUUUAAUAUUAAAUAUCUUAUUUUGUUAUUUAAACUCCAAUAAUCAUUGUUUCUUGGGUGAUAUUCUUUCUGAAAAGAAUAACAAAAUAAAGAUAAUAAAAUACUAUUAUACAUACAAAAAUUGAGGAUUCAAUCCAGUUUUAUACAAAGAAUAAUAUGCUGAUUGAAAAAAAAAAAAAUUAGCCCAAUUCAAAAAGAAAUAAAGAAAAAAUAUUCAUCAAUAUUUUUGAAAACAAAAAUACGAAAAAAGAAAAGAUAUAAACUAAAUCCAAUUUAAAUCGGAAUAGACUAAUUAAUUCAUCAUGGAGUCUUCCUUCCAAAUUAUUUACAAGGGGAGUCAAAAGUCCUUGAAGUUCACGUACGAAGACUUGUCAAAAGACAUAAAUAAAACGGACAAUGAAACUAUUCACUUAUUAAGCUUGGCCGUCAAGGUAGAUUCACUUUCCAAAAAAGAGACGUGUACAAAUAAGAUUCAGUUACUUCCUUUGCCAUCCUCUUAUAUAUAUACCCAUUAUCUGACAUGUAUAGUAGCUCAAAUUAACUUAAAAACUCACACUUAAGAUUUAAAACUCCAAAGAUGUCUCUUUUCACAUCUUUCUUCGCUUGUUUUGUCCCAAAAUCUAAAUCACGGGUUAACACAACCGAUAGUAACUUGGAAGUCUUGUCCUUGAAGAAACCGAAAAGCAAAACCGACUCCCCAAGAACUCCCACGAUCGUCGUAUCUUAUUUUCCAGUAGGCUCCAAUCUUUCCCGUCUGUAGAAAAUACGAAGAUGAAAGUUAGAUUUGGUAAUGUGAGAAGGCAGUGACACGACCACUACAUAUACAUUUUUGCUGGGUUUUUUUUGCUUUUAAUCAUUUGGAUCCGGGUUUUACCUGGUUUUAAUCUAUUCGGAUAGUAGAUAAGACAUUUAAGGAAAUUUGUAAUAAAAAAACGAAAUUAUCUCUUUAAUUACACAUAUUUUCUAUUUCCUUAACUUCUUCCCACAUUAAUUGGUUUUAUUCCUCAUUAUCUCUAGAUGAUUUUCAAAUAUUUAUGCCAUCUAAACUAAUUACUUCCA